AUGAAGUCCGCUGCAUUCGUACUCCAAUACGCCGACAUAAUCCGAUCAAAGUCGGCCCCCGCCUCGACAGGCUUUGUAAACCUCGACUGGAUAUGGGAGCUCGCACAGCCGAUCUCGCUCGGGUUUCUCAGCAACCCAGUGUGUGUGAAACACCUCAACGUGCCCUUUAAGAUGGCAGCCCCAGUCUUCCCAACGCCCAGGAUUAUUGGAACCAAGAGGCCGGAAAUCUCCUACAAAGAAUGCCCUGCCGCCCGCGUGAUUGCCUUCAACGCUGCCAGGAAGGUGGCUAUAGUUUAUACAAAGCGAGAGAGAUACUAUAAGCUUCCCGGCGGCGGCAUCGACAGCGGCGAGCAACAUGAGAUGGCCGCCUUGCGAGAAAUGCAGGAGGAGACGGGCGGGAUUUGCUACGUCGCCGACGUUGUGGACGACUCUGGCAGUCCCAGCCUCACGGAGGACGAGGUCAACGAUGGACUUGGUCACUUAUGGCUGUCGGUCGACGAGGCGAAGACCAAGAUGGCUGGGGCAGAACCGAGGUCGGAAUUAGGCCUCUAUAUCAAGGAGCGGGAUAUAUACCUUCUUGGUGAAGCUAUAAGACGCACGGAGGAGGAGAUAGCUUGA